AUGGCAGACAUGGCAACCGCCAGCUUGGAGCGGGAUGAGCUUGCUAACGAGAACUACUAUCAGUACCCAGCACACGAUGACGAAUUUCGUCACUACUCACCCGAUGUUCCCACCAGACAAGAGCAAUGCUUCGAAGGCAUCGGUGGUCGAAUACGGAAAGCCGAUUGGCAUCCUCCGCUCGGAGAGACCAUCUCUCGCAACCAUAAAGCAAAACACCACGGACCGCGUGACGCAAAUAUCAAUGGGUAUGAGAAGGAGAGUACAGCACAACGCAUCAAUCCGGUCGAAUACCAGACAAGUGUGCUAAAACUGGCUUGUUCUUACCAGCCUGUGAUUGAGAAGUAUGCUCAUAUUGAGCGCGCUGCUUUGAACUAUCGCGCUUCGGCAGUGGGUCCAUCACGAAUUCUUCAGGAUCAUCUCACGGGUCCACAGGCACUGCAAUGUAUCACUCGCCAACCAAAUGCAAUCAUCCACCGUCUGUCCCUCAAGGUAUUUCUAGGUGGUGUGCCCAUGAUUGGAAAGCAAGUAACUACGGUCGUACGUGAUCAGUUACAACGCGGCCUUGAGAUGUUCGGUUGUGUGACGUUAAAAUGGCCAAAGGGAACCACAGUACAAUCGUCGACGUGCUUUUACUACCCUUAUGGAUCUCAGUUCAAGGUGAAAAGGGGUCAUUGUUACGCUACAUUCAAGGAUUCUAAUAGCGUAGCUCUCCUCUUGGCCACUUGCCAGCGCCGAAACAAAGGGUUUUACAUGAAUUUAACCACAGUCUGUCCUGAACUGAAACUCAGUCAGUUGGAAUCAAUUCAAAUCAUCCCAUGGGAUCGGACCGACUCGGAAAUGCAUGCAACUCACCGUGGAGUUUCUCGAAUUGUAUUGCUUCCUGUUCCAAUUUUCUCUCCAAUUUUGUACCGGGAAUCCAUCGACCUGAUCACUGAUAGUCCAGCUAGAGGUAAAAAACUGUACUCCGUUUUCGUUGGUGCUUUGCAUGGAAUGAUCACUGCACGUGCUCUGUUUACGAUGUUCGAAGAACUGUUUGCCAAUGUAGAGAGUGUCGUUCUGGAUACGGAUCGAUUUCACUAUCCGAUCGGUAAGUGA